AUGGCGGAUAAAAGAUUUGUAAUAACUGUUGCUCCUCAGAAAGAUAUUUGUCCUCAAGGUAAAACAUAUCCUAUAAAAGCAGUUCCUAUUACGACAAAUAAAAUUAAUAUUCCAAUUGAUCAAUUAAGUUAUUAUUUUGGAGUGGAUUUUUUAUCUUACGGAUUAAUUUUAUUAAGAAUUUGAAUUACAGGGUUAAUAAUAAUAGCAAGAGAAAAAGUUUAUUUAUUAAAUAAACAAGAAAAAUUAUUUAUAUUUAUAUUAAUAAUUUUAUUAUUAUUAUUAUUAUUAACUUUUUCAACAAUAAAUAUUUUUAUAUUUUAUUUAUUUUUUGAAGGGUCUUUAAUUCCAACUUUAUUUUUAGUUUUAGGGUGAGGGUAUCAGCCAGAGCGACUGCAGGCUGGGAUUUAUUUAUUAUUUUAUACAUUAUUGGCUUCUUUACCUUUAUUAUUGAGUAUUUUUUACUUAUAUAUAAAUUUUAAUUCAUUAGAUUAUUUUUUUUAUAAUAUUAGAGAUAUAUUUAAUGUUUAUAUUUAUUUAAGAUUAAUUUUAGCUUUUUUAGUUAAAAUACCUAUAUUUUUAGUACAUUUAUGAUUACCAAAAGCUCAUGUUGAAGCUCCAAUUGCAGGAUCUAUAAUUUUAGCUGGGGUAUUAUUAAAAUUAGGGGGUUAUGGAUUAAUUCGAAUAUUUAUGAUUAUUCAAUAUUUAAGCGUACAAUUAAAUUUUUUAUUAAUAAGAAUUAGAUUAGUCGGGGGUAGAUUGGUAUGUUUUUUAUGUUUAUGUCAGACUGAUAUAAAAUCUUUAAUUGCGUAUUCUUCUGUUGUUCAUAUGGGGAUUGUAAUCGGGGGAAUUUUGACAAUAACGUAUUGAGGAUAUGCUGGGGCUUAUGGGUUAAUAAUUGCUCAUGGUUUAUGUUCUUCAGGGAUAUUUUGUUUAGCAAAUAUUGUUUAUGAACGAUCCGGUAGACGAAGAUUAUUAAUUAAUCGAGGGUUAUUGACUUUAAUACCAAGACUUACUUUAUGAUGAUUUUUAAUAAGAUCAAUAAAUAUAGCAGCUCCGCCAUCAUUAAAUUUAUUAAGAGAAAUUAGAUUAUUAAACAGAAUUGUUAUAUGAUCUUGAGUAAGAAUAUUAAGAUUAUUUUUUAUUUCUUUUUUAGGGGCUGCAUAUACUUUAUAUUUAUAUGCAUAUAGUCAGCAUGGUAAAUUUAUAAUUUAUUAUGGAAUAUCUGUUAGAGUAGUUCGUGAAUAUUUGUUAUUAUUUUUACAUUGAUUACCUUUAAAUUUAUUAAUUUUUAAAGUAGAUUAUUUUUUUUUAAUAUAUUUAAAUAGUUUAAAAAAAAUUCUGAUUUGUGGUAUCAGAGAUAUACAGAUGUAUUUUAAAUCAUAAAAUUUAUUUCAAUUUGUUCAAUUAGUUUUUUAUUAUUAUUUACAGUAAGAUUAACAUUAUUUUACUAUUCUUUAAUAUUAUUGAAUUAUGAUUAUUCUUAUUUUAUUGAAUGAGAAAUUAUUAAUUUGGGAAGAUUAAAUAUUGUUAUAACAUUAAUUUUAGAUUGAAUAAGAUUAAUAUUUAUAUCUUUUGUUUUGUUAAUCUCUAGAUUAGUAAUUUUUUAUAGAAAGGAUUAUAUAGGAGAGGAUAAAAAUAUUAAUCGAUUUAUUAUUUUAGUAUUAAUAUUUGUUUGUUCAAUAAUAUUAUUAAUUAUUAGACCUAAUUUAGUUUCUAUUUUACUAGGGUGAGAUGGGCUUGGGUUAGUUUCAUAUUGUUUAGUUAUUUAUUUUCAAAAUGUAAAAUCGUAUAAUGCAGGUAUAUUAACUGCGUUAUCGAAUCGUUUAGGUGACGUAGCUUUUUUAUUAGCAAUUGCUUGAAUAUUAAAUUAUGGAAGAUGAAAUUAUAUUUAUUAUUUAGAUAUAAUAAAUAAAGAUAUAGAAAUAUUUAUUAUUGGGGGUUUAAUUAUAUUAGCAGCAAUAACAAAAAGAGCUCAAAUUCCUUUUUCUUCCUGGUUACCUGCGGCUAUAGCAGCCCCGACUCCGGUAUCAGCUUUAGUUCAUUCAUCAACUUUAGUAACUGCUGGGGUAUAUUUAUUAAUUCGUUUUAGAAAUUUAUUAUUAAGUUUAUCUGUAAGAAAAAUUUUGUUAUUAAUCUCUGGUUUAACAAUAUUUAUAGCGGGGUUAGGGGCAAAUUAUGAAUUUGAUUUAAAAAAAAUUAUUGCAUUAUCAACUUUAAGACAAUUAGGGUUAAUAAUAAGAAUUUUAUCAUUUGGUUAUAUAAAAUUAGCUUUUUUUCAUUUAUUAACACAUGCCUUAUUUAAGGCUUUACUAUUUAUAUGUGCAGGAGCAAUUAUUCAUAAUAUAAUUAAUAAUCAAGAUAUUCGAUUUAUAGGGUGUUUAAGAGGUUUAAUGCCUAUAACUGUGAUAUGUAUAAGAGUAGCUAAUUUAGCUUUAUGUGGAAUACCUUUUUUAGCAGGAUUUUAUUCUAAGGAUUUAAUUUUAGAAAUUGUUUAUAGUAAUGUAUUUAAUUUAAGAGUUUUUAUAUUAUUUGUGGUAUCUACAGGAUUAACUGUUAUAUAUUCAUUUCGUUUAGUGUUUUAUGCAUUAACUGGAAUAAUAAAUAUUUUUUCUUAUCAUCCAAUAAAUGAUAGAAGCUGGGUUAUAUUAAAAAGAAUAACAGGAUUAUUGGUAAUAGCUGUUAUUGGGGGAAGCAUAUUAAUAUGAGUAAUAUUUCCCACCCCUUAUAUGAUUUGUCUUCCAUCUUCUUUGAAAAUAUUAACAUUAGAGAUUUGUAUUUUAGGAGGUCUUUUAGGAUAUUUAAUUUCUAAUGUUAGUUUAUUUUUUUUUAAUAAGGCUUUUAUUUACUUCAAAAUAAGAUGGUUUUUAGGGUCUAUAUGGUUUAUACCAACAUUAUCAACAUUAGGUAUAAUUUUUUAUCCAUUAAAAUUAGGGUAUUACUUAAUCAAAAAUUUAGAUCAAGGAUGGAGAGAAUAUUUUGGUGGCCAAAAUCUAUAUAAAUUAGCAGUUAUAAAUUCCUCUAUAAUUGAAAAAAUACAAAAUAAUUAUUUAAAAAUUUAUUUAUUAUUAAUAUUUAUUUGAUUUUUAGUAUUAUUUUUUAUUUUAUUAAUUAUUAAUUAGUAUAUUA